AGCCGUAUCAUUCACCCCUGGACUUUGACAGUGGCCAAAGACUCCUCUCCGCUCUCUGUGCCUGUCUCCUUCCAGCCCUGCCGAGGUCUCUGCUGAAGUCAACCAGAUAUGCCCCCUGGAAGCUGGAAUCCCACAACGGUAGUCCGGGGUGCCCUCUGGAUCCUGCUCGGGUUGGUGCUGUGGCCGGAGCCAGGGACAGCAUCCCUGCCCCUCCUCAUGGGCUCUGUCAUCCAGGCUCUGUCUGAGCUUGAGCAGAAGGUGCCGGUCACCGAGGUCAGCCACACUGCUUCUGUGUGGAAGCUGUCAGCCCAGGACUCCUCUGGUCUUCGCGAUCCAAUCCAUCGCUUCCUGCUAGGAAGAUGGAGUCUCCAAGCCACCAAGUUGGACCUCCUUGCGCUGAGUCCGGAGCUGCGAGGCCUGAUGGAGGAGGUGGCUCGACACGAUGUCCGGGGCGGGCAGGAAUACGGGGUGGUACUGGCACCCGAUGGCUCGACGGUGGCUGUGGAGCCUCUUUUGGCGGGGUUGGAAGCAGGGUUGCAGGGGCACAGGGUCAUCACCUUGCCCUUGGAGAGCACAGCUCCUCCUCUGGAUGCUAGAGCCACCUUUCCAGAUGUUGAAGCCAUGGUUUCUGAGGUAAGAGCCACCUCCCCAGGUCUCAAGGAUGCCUCUCCAGAUGUUAGCUCUGCAGACAUUGGAGCUAUGUCUCUAAAUGUUAGAGCCACAGAUCUCAACGUGGGAGCCAUCUUUUCAGAUGUCCGAGCCCCCUCUUCAGACGUCCAAGUCACCUCUCCAGAUGACCACACCUCCUCACCAGAUGCCAAAGCAAAGUCUCCAACCACUGUGGACAGCCUCCUGCUGGUCACCUUGGCCAGAGACCUGGGCCUGACCUUCCUCAAGGGCUCCCAGACCCCGAGCCCCCCAGGCCUGGGAGCUGAGGGCUGCUGGGACCAGCUCUCCGUCCCCAGGAACUUCAGAAUCCUGGACCCCGGUGCAUCACUGCUUACCACGGCCUUCCUCAAUGGUGCUCUGGAUGGGGUCAUCCUUGGAGACUACCUGCACCGGGCCCCUGAGCCCCGGCUACCCCUCAGCCUCCUCCUGAGCCAGUACUAUGGAGCUGGGGUGGCUGGAGACCCACGACUUCGCAGCAAUUUCCGAAGGCAGAACGGAGCUGCUCUGACUUCAGCCCCUGCCCUGACCCAGCAGGUUUGGAGUGCCCUCCUCCUUCUGCAGAGACUGGAGCCAGCACAUCCUCAGCUUCAGGGCAUGAGCCAAGAACAGCUGGCACAGGUGGCCACCCUGGCCACCAAGGAGUUCACUGAGGCCUUCCUAGGGUGCCCGCCCAUCCACCCCCGCUGCCGCUGGGGUGCAGCACCGUACCGGGGCCUCCCGACGCAGUUGCGGCUGCCUCUCGGGUUCUUAUACGUGCAUCACACAUACGUGCCGGCAUCCCCCUGCACCACCUUCGCGCGCUGCGCGGCUAACAUGCGCUCCAUGCAGCGCUUCCACCAGGACACUCAAGGCUGGGAUGACAUCGGCUACAGUUUCGUGGUGGGCUCAGACGGCUACGUGUACGAGGGCCGCGGCUGGCACUGGGUGGGCGCGCAUACACGAGGCCACAACUCCCGCGGCUUCGGCGUGGCCUUCGUGGGCAACUACACCGCGGAGCUGCCUGCAGAGGCCGCGCUGAGCACGGUGCGCGACGUGCUUCCCAGGUGCGCGGUGCGCGCUGGCCUUCUGCGGCCGGACUACGUAGUACUUGGCCACCGCCAGCUCGUGCGCACCGACUGCCCUGGCGACGCGCUCUUCCACCUGCUGAGCACCUGGCCUCACUUCGGCGCGAAUGUGAAGCGAAGACCUGCCAGGAGGGCCUCCAGGAGAUCUAAGAGGAACCACCUCCAGUGAUCUGCUAGCCACAGGCCUCCAAUAAAGUGACUGUGGA